CCUAGGCGGUGCGUUUCAAAAACAACCCGCCGUAACUCGAUCAGGUUCCAGUGUUUCCCCUCUCAGAGGUCGGAGUUUGAGUUUAUUGAGGACUCAUCAUGAAGUUUAGAGGGAAAAUCAUCGAUAUCGCGUGUCUGAAUCAUUUCAGCCGCGUCAUCACCACCAUCUCCAAACUGACCAAAAUGUGCGUCCUGCGGCUGACUCCAGACAACCUGUUCUUUGUUCUGUCAGAGAAAGUGGCCAACGGAGGGGUGAGCAUGUGGUGUGAACUGUCUCAGGCCAACUUCUUCGAUGAGUACCAGAUGGAGGGCGUAUCCUCUGAAGACAACGAGAUCUGUCUGGAGGUGACUCCUGAGAAUCUGUCCCGGGCCCUGAAGACAGUCCAGAACGCCAAAGCUGUCAAAAUCAAGCUGACCAAGAAGCACUGCCCCUGCCUCACCAUCGCCGCUGAGCUGCCCACCCUGUCCAGCAUCAGUCGAGUGGUCACUCAUGAUGUUCCCGUCGACGUUAUCCCACGGAGACUCUGGCACGAGUUCAAAGAGCCGCACAUGCCGGACUUUGACGUCAGUAUCUACCUGCCUCCUCUGAAGACCAUGAAGAACGUCGUGGACAGAAUGAAGAACCUCUCCAACUUCCUGGUCCUGGAGGCCAACCUGAGCGGAGAGAUGAACCUGAAGAUCGAGACGGACCUGGUUUCUGUCACAACUCACUUCAAAGACCUGGGAAACCCUCCAUGGGGUGAUGACGCCUCGCAGGACGGGGGCCCGUCUCAGAGCAGGGACCCGGAGGCCAUGGCCCAGGCGCGGGUGGACAUCAGGAAGCUGCAGCAGUUCCUCAUGGGUCAGCAGGUCAACCCCAGCAAGGCCAUGUGCAACAUCGUCCAUGAGCGGGUCGUCCACCUGAUUCUGCUGCAUGAAGACGUGUCGCUGCAGUACUUCAUCCCCGCCGUGGCGUAGAAGCUCCGCCCACAUCAGCGUUAUUUCUGCUCUUAAGAGGAAUGACUCUGGAGCCGUCUGUUAGACAGUAAGAGGGUUUAAACAUGGACAAAGACCUCCUGAGACUAAUUCAGCGUGUCUGUCUGUCCUACGCUUUAAUGAAACGGACGUUUCUGUUCACCACUCUUCUCUGGGAGAUUUCAGCGCCAGCCGCUAAUGGAAGUACCGACAUGCUGGAAAUCUCUAUCAGGGACCAGUGUCAGUGUUUCCACAGAUCGACGGCCAUCCUGUCCAGUGUGAUUAAUGUUUUUUGUUUCUGUUUUGACAGUAUUCAUCAACAGUGUGUUUUAUAAAGAUGCUCAGAUAUCA